CGGGGACGGGGAGGGAGCGGAGCAGGCCGCGGCCCGGGGCCCGCCAUGCCGUACGCCAACCAGCCCACGGUGCGCAUCACCGAGCUCAGCGACGAGAACGUCAAGUUCAUCAUCGAGAACACGGACCUGGCGGUAGCGAAUUCCAUCCGAAGAGUGUUUAUAGCUGAAGUUCCCAUAAUAGCCAUAGACUGGGUCCAGAUAGAUGCUAACUCCUCUGUGCUCCAUGACGAGUUCAUUGCACACAGAUUGGGUCUGAUCCCACUCACCAGCGAUGACAUUGUGGAUAAGCUGCAGUACUCCAGGGAUUGUACAUGUGAUGAGUUCUGUCCAGAGUGUUCUGUGGAGUUUACCCUUGAUGUCCGGUGCAAUGAAGACCAGACUCGUCACGUGACAUCCCGUGAUCUCAUCUCCAACAACCCUCGGGUCAUACCGGUGACUUCCCGGAGCAGAGACAAUGACCCCAAUGACUACGUGGAGCAGGAUGACAUCCUCAUUGUCAAGUUACGGAAAGGCCAAGAGCUGAGAUUGCGAGCCUAUGCCAAGAAGGGGUUUGGCAAGGAGCAUGCCAAGUGGAACCCUACAGCAGGAGUAGCCUUUGAGUAUGAUCCAGACAAUGCGUUGAGGCACACAGUCUACCCCAAGCCGGAGGAAUGGCCAAAGAGCGAAUACUCCGAAAUUGACGAGGAUGAGGCCCAGGCUCCCUAUGAUCCCAAUGGAAAGCCAGAGCGGUUUUAUUACAACGUGGAGUCCUGCGGCUCCCUGCGGCCGGAGACCAUCGUUCUAUCGGCACUGUCCGGUCUGAAGAAGAAACUGAGCGACCUCCAGACCCAGCUAAGUCACGAGAUCCAGAGUGAUGUCCUGACUAUAAACUGAGCCCUGCCCCUUCCUGCAGAAUCUCCCGUUGUGACCAAGUCUCACUGAUGUGCCACACUGUUCAUGGAGCCACCUGCUUUUUACCUGGGGUGCGGCUAAUCGGAGCCAAGUGAACAUGGAGCCCUGCUCCCUGUGUGCUGAACCUUCAGUCUCAGCGCCUUCAGGCCUUUCUGGCACUGAACUGGUGGGGAUGUGAUGUGUAUUGAGACGACUUCCAAUCAGUCGCCCUUCAGAGCAUGGAAGCUGCUCUGGGGGAGCAGGGGUGAGAUUUCCAGAAUAGUGCGGGGAUGCUCCCAGCUGUCGCCAGUGAGACCCAGGUGUGGUAUAUUAUUAUUGUUGUGUGGGGAUGUGAAUCUGUGUAAACGACCCUAGCUCUUGCCUGUUGACACUGGACUCUGGCCAUCCGUCGGCUGGGCUUUGGAAGCAUGUAUCUCAGCUCAGUUGCACAACCAUAUCCUGUUUGUUACCAUGCUGAAUAAAGCCUUUUUCCUAUGUUCA